UGGACCCCGGCGGCUUAUCAACCCCAACACAGCCACACACCACCAUCACACAGUCUUGUUUCCGACAGCACUGCCGGCUUCAUGGCAGCCUAUGUUCGGCCUCAAACCACCAUAUCCAGUGGCUUUCCGGUUACCAGCCAGCCAUUAGCAGUAGACUUUGUCGCAAACCGACUUCCUGCGUACCAUCCGGCUUUUCAGAAUCCUCCACCCUACGACCCUGUGUUGAAAGCCUACGUUCUGCCCGGCAACACAAUGCAGAAUAAUACCAAGCCUACCAGCGCUCAUGCAUUUUGGGACGAUGUUUUUCCUGAUGCAAUAACUCGAUUGGGGGCACAAUUCGAGGAGCCAAAGGAAUUAAAACGUUCGAAGCAUCGCAUUCGCAAUAGGUCUUCGUGGAAAGAAGUUGAAGACCAACUGCACGCUGCAAGAGAAUCCUAUGUACGCGAUGUGGGUUGGAUCAGACGGUCUUAUCGUACUGUAGCCGGCAACAGCAGCCAAAUUGCUUUCCAAGCCUCGAAGAUGGUCCCUGGGACCGAUAUGACAAGCUCGGUGGUCAAUGUUGUACAGAAUCUGCUCGAGAACAUACAUAAUGCAACCAAGGUGCAUGAAGAGAUAUUAAGAGGAUUCGAUGGAAUGGAGACAACUAUAAUAAAACUUGAGUACAGCUUGGACAUGUUCCCACACGACAUACUUGUGAAGAAAGUAGCUGUAGAACUAGUCGCAACGUUACUCAAUGCCGUGGAGAGGGUUGUCAGAUUCUACGAACAGAAGGUGUACAGAAAGAUGACAGCAGUGCUUUUCCGGGGUGACGAAUACCAAGAGAACGUUCUUCAAGGUCUCUCGGACGUCCAAACUAAGACCAAAGAGCUUAGCAGCCAGGUUCACGAGUCCUACAUGCUGUAUGCAAGCCAAGAAUCGAGGAAGAUCGGCAGGAUCAGUAGAGAUACGAACGAGGUUGUCAGGUCAACAGACGAGAGGACUGGAAGAAUGGAAAACAUGCUGACCAACAUGCACAACGCGGUGCUCCAUCUCAUGGUCGACCACGAAGAAGAGAAGUUGAGAUUGAGGAAGCAGAUGCAAGAACUGGAGAAGAGAAACGAGGUGCUGACGCAUAGUGUUCGAUCGAUAACACCUACACCGACACCCCUAGCUGCUGCGUGGCAGCCAAACAUUAACAGUCUUGUGCACGACAACACUGUGACCCCAGAAUCGUUAUGGAGACUCCUUGAGGUGGGGGAGCAAGUGGAGAAGGUCGACAUGGAAACAAUAAUCGAUAAGCGUGAGAGCCUCCCGUGGGCCGACCGAGGACGAGCUGGGCAUGUUGUCAACAUGGAUCAGUUCAAGACCUGGAUGAUCUCACCUGAGCCAGCGGCUUUGCUGCUGCACGGUCAUUGUGUGAGUGUAGGCGGAGCAACCGCAUUGUCGAUACUAUGCUCCACCUUGACUGGGGCAUUGAGGCAGAAACCUGGUUUCCUUGCCUUGACGCAUUUCUGCGGCCUCCACGAGGAAGUGGAAGGUCAAUACUACGGUGGCGUUGCACUUUUGCGAAGCUUCAUCGCCCAGCUCCUGUGUCAACAACCAUUCGACACGAGAGACAUCCAAUACAGUGUGGACUUAGCAAGCGCAGAACAAGGACAAGUGGCCGGACUCUGCCAGGUUUUAGGCUGGUUGAUCAAUCGCUUACCUCAAGAGACCACACUCAUCUGUAUCAUCGAUGAAAUCGCCUACUACGAACGUGAUGCGGCUGUCGACGAGACCCUGGAGGCGAUGACAUACAUCUCGCAGCUGAUGUACGAUCCAAGGUUGAGAACCACUAUUAAGGUUUUGGCCACUAGCACGAUAGCAGUGCGGGAGAUGAGGGAGUUCUUCCCAGAGGACUCGAUAUUGGAUCUCUCGGCCGUAUCCGGUAUCGAGCUUUCGAAUAGUGACGAAGUAGGACGAGAGCUCGACAACGACUUGGCUGGUUGAAUGGUCUCAGGCCCAAAUGAUGCGGUAGCCCCACGGAUGACAAGCAGCAUGUAUGUAUUCAACGCGUCGAGGACGCGUUCAUGGGACAUCGAUUAUGUCACCAUGGGUCCGUGCGCGUUCACUAGCGUGGAUCGCCGUGGUUCACGGCAGGAAGUCCGUUA